AUGGCUUCUACGAGUGCUGCCAAUGUCGAUGUUGUUUUUGACUCUCUUAUGGAAGCUGAUGACUCCAGUGACAACGGAAUGUCCUCGGACGAAGAAGAAUAUUUGAAUCUGGUAAUGGAAGUUGUUUCUGGGGCCUCAAGUGAUGAAGAUAUUGACCCAGCUGCUGCUGUAUUGGAUAAUCAGGGAAGUGUUAGUUCUGAUGAUUCUUGGGAGCCACAAUCCCCUGUUAGAAAAAGGUCCAAGGGUCCUAUAGUGCAUGAGGGAUUUGAUGAUCCUGACAGUAGGAAUGUUCUGCCAGCUUUUGCCCCUCACCGACCUGUCGGGAUCCAACUCGAGCAAGCUUUCACCAGAGGCAUGCACCGUGAGAUUGAGUUCUUUCGACUCUUUUUCACAAGGGAAAUGCUUCAGGAGGUAGUUACCCAUACCAAUUCUUAUGCCCACAUCAAGACUGCCCAAAAACCAUCCUCAUAUACCAAUAAAGAAGGGGUUUGGACGCCCACCAACCUUGAGGAGAUCGAGAGGUUGAUAGCCUUUUUAGUGUAUGCAGGAUUGGUAAAGGUUGACGGUGACAUUGAAAACUACUGGAGUAUAAAGACCUUAUAUCAUGGUCUGUGGGCAAGAGAAAUCAUUUCUCGACUGAGGUAUAAGUCCCUGAUGGCUUUUCUGCAUGUGGUGGACCCUGUCACCGAAGACCCCAGCAAUAAACUGCGUAAGGUAGAGUCUUUUGUUCAGUCUUUUAGAGAGAGAUGUGAACAACUGUACCAGCCUUCUCAGAAUAUUGCUGUUGACGAACGCAUGGUCAAGUCAAGGAAUAGGUCGGGGAUUAGGCAGUUCAUGAAGGAUAAGCCAACUAAGUGGGGGAUUAAAUUGUGGGUUGCCGCGGACAGUUCUAACGGUUAUACUUGUAACUUCGAAAUUUAUACAGGGAAGAAGGCCACAGGCUCUUCUGAGCAUGGAUUGGGUUAUGAUGUGGUGAUCCGUCUUUUAGAUAAGUAUUUUGAUCAGGGUUACCAUGUUUAUUUUGAUAACUUUUACACUUCCCACCAAUUAGUUAGGAACUUAUUCUUGCAUGGUACUCCUUCCACGGGCACAGUCAGAAUAAAUAGGGUAGGAUUCCCACAGUGUCUAAAAGACGUAAAAGCCUGA